UCAUCAAUUAUUGAUCAAGACAAACAACCAGAGGUCUAUCAACAUCAGAACCAAUACCAAUCACAACAGAACAUUAAUAACAACAUCAACAACAACAAACACCAGAAGGAUAGACAUCCUUCAAAGUAUCAUGGAAAGAACUACAAAAACCAAGGGUUCAACAACAACAACAACAACAACAACAACCACCAGAACAACAACCAGAACAACGACAACAAUCAAUAUCGACACAACAACUACCACAACAACAACUACAACCAUCACAACAACAACAACAACAACAGUAGUCGUAACUCCUCGAACCACUACUACAAAUGGUCCAAAGUGAGCAGACCAGGGGACCAAGAACAAGAGAUGACUAAAGGUCAUUCGUAUCCAAUCUCAUCGCCUCCAUCCUCACCAUUCUCUCCCAAUUGCCAGACUCCCGAGCCACUUGAGAGCACCAAAGCCACUACACUGUCAACCGAUGAUACAGCUCCAGAGGUGACCGUUCAGACUACAGAGAUAGUGCCAACAUCGUGUGAUGUUGAGUCCGAAGGUCCUAUCACAUCAUCAACUGAGCCAGACCAUGUUGACGCCAAGACAUUAGACCAGGUCAAGUUAUCCAAUGCCACAACCAUAGUCGGUAUCCAAGAUCAUGAUGAAGUUGAGAGUAUGGAUAUCAUUGCCACCACUCCACUUCCACUCCCAGACACGGAAGCCUUGACACAGUCAUUGUAUGAGGUGACAUCUAUCUCUACCCCGCCAGCUCCAUCAAAGGCACCAAAGUCCAAGGGAUCGAAGAAGUCUGGAGUAGCCAAGGUACAGAGCCAGCAGCAGCCUCAUCAACAACAGCUGGCCUUGCAGUCCAGUGCCAUUCUACAAAGUGCCAACCAGAUGGCAUACUACCAGACGCCUCCCAACACUACCUACUAUGAUCCACAGAUGUUGAUGCAGUACUAUCCACAAUACCAUUGUCCACACUGUGUACCCAUGUAUAUGCCAACACAGACGGUGUAUCCUCCACCUCCACCUCCUGCUCCCUACAUGACUCCAUCUCAACCAUACUAUGGUUACUACUAUGAAAGGUAUGUAUGUCCACAUUUAACCUCUAUAUAUUACUUGACUUGUUAUAAUAUUGGUUCUAAUUUCAGACCACCCUUG